AUGUCCUUUCUAGCAGUACCAUUAAAACAUACAAACGAAGUUGACUUAACGAAGCCUCUAAUGAGAUUUGUCGAGAAUUUUUACCAGUCAUCAAGUGAAGUGAGCUCAGAAAUCAAAGAAGCUGUGCAAGAACUCAACAAAAUGCGUAAUAAAGCAUGCAAUCAACCAUUGGAUAAGCAUCAAAGUGCUUUAGAUGUAUUGACAAGAUACUAUGAUCAGCUCGUUGCAAUUGAAAAUAAAAUUCCUAUAAAUGCAACACAAAAUCCUGUAAACUUCAAAUGGAAGGAUGCCUUCGAUAAAGGAUCACUGUUUUUUGGUCAAGCUUCACUUACUUUAAGUAGCUCUACAUUUGAACAAGCUGCAGUUUUAUUCAAUUGUGGUGCUCUUAUGUCUGCAAUUGCUGCCUCUCAAGCAAUGCAUACAGAUGAAGAACUGAAAAUAGCCGCAAAGUUUUUUCAGCAAUCAGCCGGUAUCUUCGCACAUUUACGUGAUACAGUUCUUGGAUUAAUUCAGCAAGAACCAACUUCAGAUCUCAUGCCCGACACACUGGAAGCACUUUCAAGUGUCAUGCUUGCUCAAGCACAAGAAGCCAUUUAUAUUAAAGCUGAAAAAGAUAAAAUGAAACCGUUGGCUUUGGUAAAAUUGGCUGCUCAAUGUGCAGAGUAUUAUCUUGAGGCUCAGAAAAAAUUGCAGAGAGAUUCCGUGAGGGGCUUAUUUGAUAAGGCAUGGACGAAUAUUAUAACUGGUAAAUCGCUAGGGCUUUCAGCUCUUGCUCAAUACUACAAGGCACUUGAUAGUGCUGGUACAAAAGAAAUAAGUGAACAAUUAAGUCGAUUAAAUGAGGCGCUGUCGCUUAUUCAACAAGCAGUAAGUUAUAUGCCUCAUGGGACUUUUGAUGUACAUCUCUCAGCGAUCCAGAAGGCAUAUUUAUCGGCUAAGAAGGAUAAUGAUUUUAUUUAUCAUGAACGAAUAGCAGACUUUCGAAGUCUUCCGUCAUUACCUAAGGUUGCAGUUGCAAAGGUCUUACCGGUUAUGUCACCCAUGACACCAAGAUUCAAAGAUAUGUUUUCAAGUCUUGUUCCCAUUCAAGUGCAUCAGUCUGUUGCAUCUUUCGAUUCCCGAAAGUCAGAAGUUAUCAAUAUAGAAACAGGCCGUCUUCGGGAACAUACUCAAUUAAUGAAUGGAAUUUUGACGUCUCUAAAUUUACCUGCUGCAUUAGAUGAUGUUACGAAUCAAGAACCACUGCCGGAGUCUAUACGCCAAAAAUCAUCUAAAGUAAAGACCAUGGGUGGGAUUGACAUUUUGAUGAGCCUCAGCUCUGAUUUGCCUAAUAUCCAUAAAACAAAUCAAGAGAUAUUAGAUGAAACUUUCCGGCUUCUGAGUGAAGAAAAAGAAAGUGACGACCGAUUGCGAUCCCAGUUUCAAGAUAAGUGGACUCGUAUGACAUCCGAUCAACUCACAGCUCCACUUCAUCAGGAAUGUGGCAAGUAUCGUGGAAUCCUUCAUUCUGCUUCUAGUGCAGAUGAAACAGUCAAGCAGAAACUGAACGAAAAUAAAGAAGGAAUCAAAUUGCUCAGUGCAUCAGAUUCUCAAUAUUUAAAAAAAUUAAAGCUUAUUGAUUAUCAAAAAAUUUUCUGUCUCAAAUUUGUAUUUCGUCCACGUAGAGUGAACAUGGAAAGUUUUACAGCAGCUAUACCGGUUCUCGCUUCUUCUGGUGCGAAUAAAAAUUCGGAAGCUGUUGUGAAAUUAAGAAAUUUAAUGGACAUCGUCCAAGAAAUCAAGCUUGAACGACAACAAUUGGAAAAAGAAUUCACAAGUGUUCAUUGUGAUAUGAGCUCCAUUUUCCUGAAAGCACUGAGCGACAACCAAAUUAUUAAUGAAGAAGAAAUUUCUGCUACUAAGAUUGCAGAAAUUUAUGGUCCAUUAAAAACUAAAGUGAAUGAAACUAUCAAGAAGCAAGAAGAUUGUUUAGCUCAAGUAGAGUUAUGGAAUAAAAAAUUUUGCUCAGAGAAGGCAGGUAGUCAAAAUGCUGUUGAACGCGAACGCAUGUUAAAAAUCUUGGCUACCAGUUAUGACAAAUUUUUAGAGAUUAAAUCAAAUUUGGAUGAAGGAAUAAAGUUUUACAGUGAUUUGACUCCUUUACUUUUACGACUACAACAGAAGGUGUCUGACUUUUGUUUUGCUCGGCAGACCGAGAAGGAAGAUUUGAUGACGCAACUACAACAUAAUAUUGUUUCAGGUAAUUCAAAUCAUUCAAGUAUCGCCCCUCCUCGACCUCCGCCUCCAAAAGUUCCAUCUAAUGCGCCUAUUUCAAGCAAUCCAUUUGAUCUGGAAUCACCAGUUCCACCUCCACGUAAUGUCAACAGUCUUCAAGCAACUCAAACGCCAACUUCACAACAUCAGAAUCCAUUUGGUUUAGCGCAGCAAUUUAGUCUUCAGCAACAGCCAUUUUCUCACAGUACUACUCAAACACCAUAUGGAUAUCCAUCGCAGCCAGCACCAUACAUGCCUCAGCCUCAGUUUAAUCAGAAUUAUACAACACCUUAUCCUGUCUCAUAUCCGGGGACAUAUCCAGGAGCUUUCAGCGCACCUGUGCCAACUUAUGGCCAAUUUCCGCCAUCGCCACUUCGUCCGCAUUGGGGUAAUUUACCACCAACUUCACAAUAA